AUGGCACGCUUCCUCCUUCACUUGCUCCUCUUCUUCUCCUCCCUCUUCUUCGACUUCACCGCCUCCGCUGACAACGGCACCCGUGCACCCGACUUCUCCGCCGUCCUGUACUUCGGUGACUCCACGCUGGACACCGGAAACAAUGGCUACAUCCUCACGUUGGUCAGGGGCAACCAUCCCCCUUACGGCCGGGACUUCCCGGGAAGCGUUGCGACAGGGAGGUUCUCCAAUGGCCUGCUUGUGCCCGACCUUCUUUGCUCCGAGCUCGAGAUCAAGCAGCUGUCGCCGCCGUUCAUGGACCCGAAUCUCUCGGACGACGACAUCCGCACGGGCGUCAACUUCGCUUCGGCCGGGUCGGGGUUCGACGACGCGACCUCGGCUCUCCUGAACACGAUCCCCAUAUCGAGGCAAUUGGAAAUGUUCGAGGAGUACCUCGCCAGGCUCAAAGCUGUUGCUGGGGAGGAGGACGCCAAAAGAAUCGUAAGCGACGCUUUGUUCCUCGUCAGUGCGGGAACCAAUGACUUCCUGUUGAACUACUAUGACCUGCCCACCACCACCAGGACUGCGAUGACCAUAGAUGAGUACCAGGAUUUCCUGCUCCAAAACCUCCACAAGUUUCUCAAGGUAAUCGAUGCUUUCCAUCGCAAGCACUUCGUAGUCGAUUCCUUGUUCAUUUGCUGUUUCAUGCAUGCAGGAUAG